AGAGGUUCAAACACGGAGGAUUGUUCGCUCAGCGCUGUAAAUUAAAUUUCCCUUAACUUUCCCCUUAACUGCCGAAUCGGAUGCUCUGAAUCGGAAGCCAACUUCAGCGUAGUAGCCUACUUGACGAGGGAGAACACACACGGGCGGUAGUGAGCGCACCCAGCAUGGCGCUACAAACUGAAGAAAGUCGGGGGUAUUUAACCAAAAACUCAACAGGAAACGGUGUGGGCAGCCUGGAAGAAGCCGACAAUGCAGACGCUAACAUGUACGAUCCCGGACACGUUAAUCCGCUAGUAGCCUGUGACAUGGAGCCUUUCCGUCAGACAGCUGCUGCCCCUCCGGAGGAACGGUCAGACGCAGAGAGCCGUGUGGGCGACAGCUCCUCUUCUGCUUGCGCCACAAUCUCAGAAACAGCCAGGGAGCUGUGCAAAGCUGUGUCCGUUUCUCUGGGUCUGGCCAUGGAGUCCUCUGACACAGGAGAUAUGGACGCUGCUCUCCAUGACCAAAUGCGAGGAGAGUAUUUGUUCGGAUCCCUGCCUCUGAACUGUCCCGGAGCUCAGGGGACAGUGGCGGAGUACGCGCGCCAUGACCAGCACUCUCUGCACGGCCAGAAGCAACUGGUGGAAAUGUUCAAAAGUUCGGAGACUGACUCGCGCCUGCAACAACUCACCUCCGCUCGGACCUCUGCGGAGGAGCCACACUUCGCGCUGUGCGAGGCUGAUGGCAUUACUUCAGAGGAGAUAGAUAAUCUGGACACGACGAGUGCAGCCUCUUGUCCUUAUGCCACAACUGCGCCAAACAACUUGGCACACUUCGGACACGCAGCCGUGGAGCGACCGUGCCGAGGCUACAAGCCCCCCGACGAGGAGAGAGACUUCGGGGAAGCUAUGGAGAACAAGUUCGGGGGUUAUCAGUCGGACCAAUACAGCGUCAAAGUGAAAUGUGAGGACGGGGAAGCUGGCCUGGCUCUGUGGGACAGUAGUUACACUUUUAAUGAGAAGUACAACUCGCAGUGUUGGGGCUCCAGGCCUUGCAUGAACGCUUACAGCACAGGGGCCAACACCGCGUUCAUAUGUCAUCCAUAUGAGAGGAGCGCCGUGCGCCCGGAGCAGUGGCACCCGGGCGGGAUGAUGAGGCCGCCGUAUCCAAACUCCAACUACAUGAAGCCGGAAGUCGGUGAGUGGCUGGAUGUCGCCUACAAUGACACCAGGUGA